AUUGUCAAGAAGUGUAACUGUACAUCAUGACAGCCUUUCAAAACAGAGCCAAAACAUGCUAUUUCGGAUCAUUGUAAGCUGAAUUCUGCACUGCAUAUGUCUGCUAGAGUCUUAAGGAUAUUACUGGACCAGUGAUAGAGUCACAGAGACCCAAACUGAGUUGAAAAACGAUUUUGGUGACGGUUGUCCAAAACGGACUUGGCCGUGUUUUUUUGGGGAGGUCAAAAUGGCUAGCACCAGCAGUAGCAGUCAUGGCAGCAGUAACAACCGACAGACGGCCGCAAGACAGCGACGAAAAAGAUCGCAGCCUGCUGUCUACAAUUACAACGGAGUCCAUAAUUCGUACGAGGAUAAAGACAAUGAUUUUCUGUGUCCUAUCUGUUUUGACAUAAUAGAUGAAGCCCAUAUGACCAAAUGUGGACACAGCUUCUGUCACAAGUGCAUUAUUCAAAGUCUAGAGGAGAGCAACAGAUGUCCCAAGUGUAACUUCGCUAUCGAGAAGAACGACCAGAUAUUCCCAAACUUUGCAUUAAAUGAAUUAGUUUUAAAGUAUCGACAAAAGUCCGAUGAGAAACGGUUGAAACUCUCACCACCAAAUAGUCAUAUAAGCGAAUUGCAGGAACUUAUAACAGAUCAAGAGAAAUGGGACCUGACCGAAGUCAACCUGAUGCUGGAAGUCCUAGUCGGCAAGAAAAGGCAGCUGGAAAUGGACAGCUGGUUUGCACAGAGCCAGAUCUUGAAGGAGUUUUUAGAACAUGCAAAAAUAAGAAAACAGGAGCAAUUAGAUGAACUGACCAAGCAGAUGAGGUUAUUAGAAGAAGAUGUGAAGAGAGUGGAGGACCGACUAAGUAAACACCGCGAGGCCUACACAUCUAUGCUCUCGAGUUAUCCUGUCGCUCUGAACAAUGACGAUGCAGUAGCACCAUCUACAAGUAGUAAUGAACAACCAAAAAUCAAACUAGAAAAUUCUUCCAAGACCGAUGGCCCUCAGGAGGGCUUCAAUGGCAGUAAAAACGGUGGUAGACAGCAGUGGUUAGACACUACGAUAGCAUCUAGGAGGAAGCGUCUUCAUCAUCAUCUUGAAGAUCUAGAGCACUGCUACUUCAGUAUUAGACAGAGUGAUAUAUCACCCAGUGAAAACCGAUCCAGUGAGCAGCUCAACCAGUUUACCGAUAGCCUGUCUAAGUUUACUAAGUUCAGUUCAAUUCGUCCAUUAGCCACAUUAAGCUAUGCAGAUGUCUACAAUGGUUCUAGUAUAGUCUCAAGUAUUGAAUUCGACAAGGACAACGAUUUCUUUGCAAUAGCCGGCGUGACCAAGAAGAUCAAGGUGUUUGAGUACGGUGCUGUGGUGAUGGACGCUGUAGAUAUUCACUAUCCUGCCCAUGAGAUGGUCUGCAACUCAAAGAUCAGUUGUGUUUGUUGGAGUGCGUAUCAUAAAGGAAUACUAGCAAGUAGUGAUUACGAAGGAACCGUCACACUAUGGGAUGCAUUCUCAGCGUCAAAGGUCCGAUUAUUUCAGGAGCAUGAGAAGAGAUGCUGGAGUGUUGACUUUAACAGGGUAGACCCAAAACUCAUUGCGUCUGGUUCCGAUGAUGCAAAAGUGAAACUUUGGUCUACGAACCAGGAACGCUCCGUGGCAUGUCUAGAGGCGAAAGCCAAUGUCUGCUGCGUCAAAUUCAACCCCUCCAAAAUGUACUCCUUAGCCUUCGGCUCAGCGGAUCACUGCGUCCACUACUACGACCUGAGGUACCCUAAGCAACCCCUCAAUGUAUUCAAGGGACACAAGAAGGCCGUGUCUUACACCAAGUUUGUCAACUCGGAGGAGAUUGUGUCGGCGUCUACAGAUAGUCAGCUCAAGCUGUGGUCAGUGGACAAACCCCACUGUACACGCACAUUCCGUGGUCACACAAACGAUAAGAACUUUGUAGGGUUAGCUGCCAACGAUGACUACAUAGCCUGCGGCAGUGAGAAUAACUCCCUCUAUCUGUACUAUAAAGGACUAUCCAAGCAGUUAGUCACAUUCAAGUUUGACACAGUCAGGAGUGUACUGGACAAAGAGAAGAAGGAAGAAGAUGCUAAUGAGUUUGUCAGCGCUGUUGCUUGGAGAACGGGUUCCAACGUCCUGGUAGCAGCAAACAGCCAGGGUACAAUAAAGGUUCUGGAGCUAGUAUGAUCCGAACUUACCACCCUCCGAGAGGGUCGACCAACCUCGCCAACUCAUCAGUCCCCGGUGUUGUCUCCACUUCCAAAUCAGUCUGUGGUUACCCUUAAACUCAGCAAUCUUCCUGUCAUGGUGGUUAAUAUUAAAAUUGAAAACCCAACACGCCUUGUGUCUGCACGCGUCUGCCAACACCUUAACCCCUUCUUCAGUUUUAAGUGUAAGGAUUUUGUUUGAAGCUAUUUUGUGACAGUGACAUCCAACUGUUUUUGUUUUUGUUUUGUGAAAUCGCAAACUGUUGUAAAUGUUCUCCCAGACAUCGUUUUUAAUUUACGCUUGGUGACCAGCGUAUUGUGAGGACAGCCUUGGAGUUUCAUGAACUAUUAGAUUAACAGCAAAUGAAGGAUAAACUGUGUGAGCUUACAGUAACUUGGAACAAGCAGGACCUACAGCGACCAUAUCAGCAAAGUGUGAAAGUAAAGGCCUAUGAUUUCAUGAUUGACUUUCUGGAUUGAAGUGUCUGCACCAAUCGUCAUUGUCAUCUUGUUUCUCAUUGCCUUGGAUUCGUCUUUAUCCUCGUGGAGCAUUUGGGCAAGGAACUGUCGUCAACCAAGGAACCCUAGUUGACCAAGAAACCAUAAUCGACAAAGUAGUUGUUUCAAUUGUCAUUGUGUUUGUCAUUGCCUUGGAUUUGUCCUGAUCCUUUGACAAGGAACACUGUACAAAGAACGGUGGUCAACCAACAAACCUGGUUCAACCAAAGAAGCUUAAGCCGUGUUCCCAUUUGACUUUUGUGGGUUAAAGGCAGUGGACACUAUUGGUAAUUACUCAAAAUAAUGAUUAGCGUAAAACCUUACUUGGUAAUGAGUA